ACGCAUGAGUGUUGGCCGAGUGUCAGUGCUAGUUAGCUAUGUACGCAUGCGCAGAACACAGCAGUUUGAAGAAUUUCCCGCGAAGGGCAAAUCAUAAACUUGCCUGUUUCCAUGGAGUGGCUUUGAUGAUUUGAUGCCAAUCAUUAUGAAGCCGGUUAGAGGAUCUGGAAGAAAAUCUACCAAAGCCCCGCAAGGCAGAGGACGGAGUACAAAAAAUGUUCCGACAACCUCUGAGGAGCCUGGUACCAGCAGUGAAGGAGUGAAGCAACAGCAGGUGAAGAAAAGGAAAAGGCCUCCAUCAUCAGCUGACAUAAACAAGUUCAGAGGCCGAGAGAAAUGGAAAGCGUUGGCCCAGCCUAUCAUUGCGGCCCUAGAUAAGAUGCUAGGGCUGUCAGUGCUCUCUGUCCUGUCAAUGAGAAUAAAGGAGAAAGAGGAGACUCAGAAACAUCUGAAUAUUUUGAAAGAAAGAUUCCUGGACCGCUGUGUCCAGCUCACAGUGCCCCCACGGAAACAAGUGGACCUGGGGCACGUGUCACGGCAGUACCAGGCAGAGAGCUUGAAGGCGGAAGAGGGGGAAAAGAGACUCGGGGCACUGACGGAGAACCACAGGUCUGUGGUCAGCACCCUGGAAGAGUUGGAGGUGACGAGAGACAGAAUGGACGAGGAAUGCAGGCUUCUGAGAUCCAGGAUGGAGGAGCAGGAGGAGAAAUCACACGAGGUUCUACAGAGGAGAGAGCAGACGGUUCUCCAUCUUCCUCCCCUGCCUCCUCGCUCUGAAACGGAACAGCCGCUGCAGGAGAGGCUGAUGAAGUUAUUGCCAAACAGGGAUGCUAUGGUGAAAUCGCUGCAGAACAUGCCAGAAAUCCAGCAGCUGAAUACUUUUAUGGAGCUUGCGCAUGAACACACCGACCAGCGCCUAGCCGCCCUCAACAGCCAUAAAUGAUUCAACCACCCUGUGGUCUGCCUCUCAAUAGUGCCUUUACACCAACUAUGCUCCUUGUGGUCUCCUUCUAAUCAAGACUGGGCUUCUGCACUUACCCCUAACCCCUUUUUUAAGCACCCAUAUGCAUUGAGUGUAGCUCUAAAACCCUGCUCUAACUGCCCCAUAUGCAUUGAGUGUAGUUCUGAAACCCUGCUGUACUGCCCCAUCCUACUCUGGGGCAUUUUUGCUCUAUUUGCAUCAAAGUGUUUGUCACUUUCAAACAGGAUCUUCUUUAUCAGAUAUCUCACCACUGUGUUUGUCACGUCACCUGUGUAGUGCAUGAUCAGAGCUGAAUCAAUGUUCACAACACCAGAAACUGUUGUUUUUCGUUUGUCUGUGCAUUUUUAGUUUUAAU